AGGCAGAGCGUUCAGAAGAAAAAGAUAAUUACAGUCUGAACACAGUACUGAGUAAUCUGCUAAUAGGUAUCACUGGAGUGACUAAGAGGCAGUGCCGAGUAUUUAAGAAGUCAAGCAAGGGAAAGGGACAUUUUCUGUUGAUUGCCAGCACUCAGCAAUUACAUUUUGGAAGACGGAACAGCAGUACAACAGAGACUACAAAAUGUGCUUUGGAAAAUGUGCAAAAUGCAUCGGCUACCAGCUGCUCAUUUUGGCAAUUCUUUGCAUUGUGGCAAACAUCCUGCUUUAUUUUCCUAACGGAGAAACAAAGUAUGCUGAAAACAAUCAGCUGAGCAGAUUUGUCUGGUUUUUCGAAGGGAUUAUAGGAGCUGGUGUGUUGAUGUUUAUUCCAGCUGGUGUUUUCAUUGGGCUCGAAGAUGAUGAUUGCUGUGGAUGUUGCGGUCAUGAGAGAUGUGGGAAAAGCUGUGCAAUGCUGUCAUCUAUCUUGGCUGCAAUAUUUGGGAUUGCUACAUCAGGAUAUUGUUUGAUCAUUUCUGCUCUGGCCCUGGUAGAAGGGCCAUAUUGUUCGACAAGUGAUGGUGGAUGGAGAUACCCAUUUAAUGAAACAAAUUAUUCCUAUUUGGCUGACCACAGUACCUGGUCUCAGUGCAUCGAACCAAAGAAUGUAGUAGUCUGGAAUGUUAGUCUAUUCUCCAUCCUCCUGGGUUUGUCUGCAAUCCAGGUUAUUCUUUGUAUAAUCCAGAUCAUCAAUGGGUUCAUUGGAGGAAUAUGUGGCUGUUGCUGUGGACAGAAACAACAGUCCUACGUUUGCUAAUAUAGAGGAGAAUAGAAGUUGCUGAAAGAAGCUGACCACCACCAUGAGUUUUUCAAGAUCAUGAAAGGAGUGGAGGGUCAUUGCUCUUACUUUUGUAAAUGUCACUGUACAGAAUUCAUUGUAUAUUCAUUAUUAUAAUACAACACAUUUUUAUACAUAUUUGCAAUGUUAUUAAAAUAUUAAAAAAGUAAAUACA